AUGGAGCACGGGCAGAAAGGAGAGGACGGGGGGACGCAGGUCAGGACGCAGCUGCCCCUUAGGCUCUGCUGGGCAAUUACGAUGCACAAGUCCCAGGGGCAGACUUUAGCCAAGGCCGUCAUUGACUUGGGGCCCAAGGAGGCCUGCACGGGGCUUACUUUCGUCUGUCUCAGUAGGGCGAAGAGACUUGUGGACCUCAUGGUAGAGCCCAUGAGUUUCGACAGGAUUGGUAACCUUGGAAAUUCGCCGACGAUGAAGGCUAGGCUGCAGGAAGAGGUUAGACUUGGGGAGUUAGCACAGAGUACGAGGGUCAAGUACACGGACAUGGGCGUCUUCAGCGCCGUCGCGGGUAACCAAUGACGUGAAUUGCAAAGAGAAAAAGAAGAAGAAAGGGUCUCUUCCACCUCCCGCGGACGCACACGUCUGACGACAGUUACAUCUAUCAGCUGUCGCUCGUUUUAGCGACAGCUACUAUAUCUUUCUAUCACGCACUUCAUCUCACUCUGACCUGGCCGCCGUCGAACAAAUCUACACUUCCCUCGCUCCGACACACACCACCUCACUAUCCCUCUCCCGCCAGGAAGGCUAACCCUGGCUAACGUCACAACGCGCAAGACCCUCCCCAGGGCUUCAACAGCGCGGCGAGUUUUGCUCAGACUUACGAACACACCACCGAGUACCAAUUGCAGGGGGGGGAAGCGAAAACGUACGUGUACGUUGCCAUAGGCUUGAUGACAACACAGGGACGCACGGCAUAAAAUGUAGCUGGCGCUGUGGCAGGAAGGGGUCGCUCGCGCAAGUAAACAACAAUGCGUGCAACGAUAUGCGAAUAUUUCGAACGUCAACAAGACACCUCUGAAUCGCUGAAAACAACCACACCGUCGACAAAACGACGGUGCAUCAAAACGAAUUUCAGCUCGAACUGACAUGCGUACGCGCCAACAAAGACAUAUCACCACAGAACACAAUUGACAUUCCAAGGCAGGCAGGUAGGCAGGCGUUUUGGAGUACUUUUCCGUGAAGCCCGUCACAGCUCACUCAUUCGUAUCAUUUUCUCCGUUUCUUAAGAAACGACUUAUCUAGAAAUGCCGUUCCUCCGUCCCCAAAUUACUCGAUUGACAAAACAAGUGAGAGGACCGAGUCUCCCAUCUGCGGCAAGAAUCACCACUGCUGUACCACGACCAAUCUCACUCAGCUGGUGCUUGUUCCGUCUCUUGUAUUUCCCUGCUCUCAAAGGGGUUCGUUUGCACAACGGGAAAAAAAAAGCAAGAAAAUUCCAUACUGCGAGUAAAGCAAAACGAUCACAAGUUUGUCUUCCUCUCUGGCAUCGUGUUUCUACCAUCAUCGCUUUGUGGAACCAGCGACAUCAUCACCGAUCAGCCUCAAUUCUUGACUCAAUUCUGUUCUCACUCCACUUGUCCUUUGACAAUAUUUAUUCGAAAAAUAAAUGUUUCCCCGUCUGUCUCUGCAACAAACGAACAACGCGAGGAAAGAGAACAAAUCGAACAACCUUCUUCGUGACGGAACAAGAUGGAUUCGAUUCGACUCAACCCCAGAAGGCUGCCCCCCCCUCGCUCCGCCAAAAGACCGAAAAAAGAAAAAAAGAGCACAAGAAGGAAAUAUCAAAUUAUUCAACCAACUCACGUUUGACUGCCCGGGGCAGUCAAAACUUUCCGCGACCAACGGUGGACUGCCCCCCCCCCNCCCCCCUCGCACCCCCUACGGCCGUCGCCACCGCCGCAGCAGCAUAAGUGACAACCGUCGAGCCUUUCGCUAGUUAGCGCUACAUUUAAUUAAACAAUUGAUUCCAAUGUUGGGUGUGUCGCGUCCUCACCCCCCAGUGUGGCAGGCAAGCACGACCCUAACUAGCGGCUUUUGACAAAACAAUAUACUACCAUGAGGUGAGAAAAAAACAAACAAAAGAGACACGCAAGACGGGUGUUGUAGUAUGUACGUGUAUCCGCGACGGACUUGUUCGAUUGAUUGCCACGAUUACACUGCUGUAGAGCCGUUGGAAUAGGAGCCACGGCCACGCUGCAUAUCAUGCCUGCCGCUGAAGGAACGACUCGCGAUCCAAGCAGCAGCCCUAACGACACAUCCGGCAACACUCGUGUCAUCGACCGCCCAUUCCGCCCGCCUUUCUGGCUAGUUGUGCCCCCUCAGAUGUCUCCUCUAGUCUACGUCUACGUCUAUCAUCACAGUAAUCUUCCCAUCCCUCUUCUAUCACAACCCAGAACACACAACACGCAGAAAAAAAGGGCAAGCGAAGUAGCAAAAAGACAAUGUCUUGCGGAUACCACUAAUAUUUUCUUCGAAGAACAACGAUGAAAUCGAAAUGCAUGGGACACCCACGUGCCCCAUCUCCGUUUUCUUGGCGACAUCCGUUGCUGCAACCAACCCGCGACGCACGCUACGCAAAAACCAUGCCAAACCAUGCCCACCCGCAAACCACAAACUGACAGGUGGCACGGGACAGCAGCGCGAGAACCUCCCUUCUCUGUCUGCUCACCAACUCCAGAAUUCGACUAAAAAAACAUCUUCCAUAUUCGAGCGCCGCAACAGCUCAGCUCGCACGUAUGAUAUGUACACCAGUGCAUGUCGCACCUGCGCCACGAAAGAAGCAGCAGCGCUCUUGCGAAUCCUUGUUGAAGGGGCCCUACACACCAGGCACCAAAGUAACCUCAAUCGACCACCGCAGAACUUUUCUCUCUCCUCUUCUCCACUCUCUCCAAACAUCUUCAAGCCAUCAAAACCAGACGCAGCAGCAGCCUCCUCCCAUUCAAUCCCCAGCCCAACAUGCAACAAGUUCUUUGAUGCUUAACGCGGUACAUUUACUACUCACAUGGCUGCUCAGAACCAUGGCCUGUUGCUGCGUGUUCCAACAGUCUCAACAAAGCAAUCCGUGGAUUGCAGCAGGAACGACCCGCAACGCACGCGAAGGGGGAGACUACAGUAGUUGACAAGAUGUACUAGUAGCCACGGUAAAGAGCAACCCGCCCGGGCGCGCCGAGAAACGAGGAAGGAGACGAAACCGCCGCCACUGCUACAGUGAGUUUUCUCUCGCUAUCGUCCCCCACUCUCCUCCCGCGCAGUCACGCACACCACCCCAGCUCUCCCCCUCCCCAAGCAAAAAAACCACUCGGGAAGGGCAAAGGCGCUGAGAGGCGCAUCCGUUUCCUCUAGCUUUCGCUACUCACC